UUUUCUGUGUCAGAGUGAGCAAAUGUCUUCUACAGAUUUAAUAUUUCAAGUAAAUUAUUUUUUUUAAUUUAAUUUGAUUAUAAAUGCAAUAUUAUUAUAUCUGCGGCAUACAAGUUGCAUAGGCUUUGUGCAAUGAUUCAAAUAAAAUUUCCAUUUCUCUGACAUCUGAUUAUCUCUGUUAGUCCAUUAUAGUAUAUUUAGCUGUUCAGUAAUAGGUUUUAUUUGUGAUGAUCCUGUAGUUUGUCUCAGUCUAUUGAAUUGUGCUUAAUGUGCCAAUUUACAGAAGAUUUUAGACAUCAUCAUAAUGAAUGAGGAGAAAACAGGGAACUAUUGACUUUUCAGCAGCUCAUUGUCUAUUGACACUGUCUUGGCAUUAAUACCAUAAGAAUAUGAUCAGGGCACUGGGGGUUAACUAUGAAUCAGUUUAAUCUGUACACGUACUGAUCUAACGGACUAUAUUUGAGAGAAAUGUCUGUAUUCCAGCAUUUUCCAUUAGAUGGCAGCAAUACACUAAAGAGAUUGCCAUAAAAGUGGAAAGGAAAGGAGCCUGCACAGAAGAGAGUAUGAAAGAUGAGUGCUGGAUAUUUUAACAGACUAAAAGCUGUAAGUGACGCUGUUAUUGAUCAUAAAUAAAGAAUAAGAAUGAACUGUUUCAUAGUCAUCCAGCAAGAGCCACCUGGAGGAAGACUUUCAGUGCACAAUGUGACACCAGCAGAGGCGGUACGGUAGAUGUUUACGACAGUGAGAGCGCGUUUCCGGCGGAGUGUAGUAUUUGUAGGCUACAUAUGCGGGAAGAAAACAACUGAUCUGAUGGAGGUGAAAGAAGAAAAUCAAGAACCGAAUAGAGUGGAGUGGUGUGAGAAACCUCAAAGUCUUUUAAAUGGAGAAGAAACGUUUAAUGAAAAGAAAGUCUCACGAAGCAGAACUCACAGAACAAAAGCCAGAAAGUCUCUACAAUGUCAUCUGUGUGAAAAGAGUUUUACACGUCAAGAGAACCUGGAGUAUCACUUAAAAACUCACACUGGAGAAAAACCAUACACCUGCCAUGAUUGCGGAAAGAGUUUCAUACUGAACAAACACCUUACAUGCCACAUAAGAAUUCACACGGGAGAAAAGCCUUACGAAUGUGAUCAGUGCGGACGCGGUUUUGCGAGUAGAGAGAGCCUGAAGAACCAUGCUAAGAUUCACUCUGGAGAAAAGCGGUGUUUCACCUGCUCUCAUUGCGAGAAGAGCUACGCGUUUAAAUGCAGACUGAAAAGACACUUAAAAAUUCAUACCGGAGAGAAACCAUACACUUGCCCUCAGUGUGAAAAGAGUUUUACAGAAAAACAACAUCUUGCCAAGCACAUACGAAUGCAUAUCGGACGAAAGUCUUGCACCUGCGCUGAGUGUGGAAAGGUCUGUCCAAAUGAAUACAGACUUAAGAUACACCUAAGAUGUCACACCGGAGAGAAACCAAACACUUGCUCUGAUUGCGGAAAGAGUUUUGCAGAAAAGGCACACCUUAGCAAGCACAUCAAAUUUUACCAUCAGGCGUUUAAGGUCAGGUCUUUCAGCUGCUCUCAGUGCGGAAGAGUUUCACAGGUAGACAGAAUCUUAAGAGACACUUACGAGUUCAUACCGGAGAGAGACCAUACACAUGUACUCAUUGUGAAAGUAGUUUCACGCAAAAAGUACAUCUUGACAGGCACAUAAUGCUCCACACUGGUGAGAAACCAUACAGGUGUCCGCAGUGUGAACAGAGUUUCGUGGAGGCAUCGGGUCUCAUACAUCAUAUGCACGUUCAUACUGGAGAAAAACCUUACUAGUGUUCACACUGGAAACGGAGGGUCGCUUAUCGAGUAUCACUAAAUAUGCACGAGCAAGUUCAUACCGAAUAGAAGCUGUGCCACUGUCCUCAGUGUGGGAAGAGUUUACUUGCUCAUACGGAAAAGCUUUGUCCAAAGUUCAGCCGCUGUUCAUAAUUUUCAAGUUUUAAUGAUCAGUUUCUCUCACUUAAGAAGUUGCUUAAGUGUCCUUUUCACAUUUAUGGGUUUGAAACACGGAGGUAGUUUAUAGCAAACUUUCUGUAGUGGUGCUUGAGAGAAAAUAUUACUUUUAUGUUGUUAUUUAUUUCCAUUUGACUAGUUUUUGGAAUUAAACAUUAAGUAAAAUAAUACUGUUUUUAAUUUGCAAUUUGUUGUCAACCAAUCAAAUGUAAAGUUACAAAGCAUUAACCUAUAUAAGACCACAAUCAAGUUAUGCUGUGAAGGUGGUAGGAAGAUUUGAUCAACAAUGCUGUGACUGUGUAGAGGGGGCUAGAAAUUUUGCUGCAUCUAAAAGGCACUAGUGAUGUGUGAUAAUUUUUGUUUGUUUUCUUAAUGAUUGAUAAAGAUGAUAUUCUGACUCUCUUAUUAAUAUGCUGGAAAUGUCUUACCAAGUGUCUGAGACUAGGAACAAAAGUAACAGAUUGGAGAAUAAAUAAAUAUAAGAAUAUAUAACUAACAACCAAUGUUUUUUUUUCUGCAUGAAAUUAAUCUUAAUUUGACUUAUCUUAUCUUUUAUGUAGAUAGAGAUUUAAUGACUAUGCAUCCAUGCAUAUGUUUAUAUACAGUCUGAUUAUAUAAUUCACUUCUAAAUUAAGGCCAGAAUGACAGGAUUUGAGUCAUUUAUGCCCUUUUUCCAAACACAAUGCUCUACACUCCAGUAGAUGGCGCAAAUGCACCUUAAAGUGGUUUACAACCUGACACAAAAUAUGAACGAAGAAGAUCGUCCUGAGAAUAAAUAACAGGAGAAAUCGAUUGAAAAAUGAAAAUAGGAGAAAUGGAGUUUGUUAAAGUGGAGGUUGACGACAUGAGUGCUCCAGAACCUUGUAGAAUUAAACAUGAAGAUACUGAGGAGCACACAGACUGGAUGGAAAAGAAACAGCAAAUACAUGAGCUAAAUGAAGCAGAGGAUGAACAUCGCACCUUUCAAGCUCAAAGAGCAAAAGCCAAAAAGCUGCACACCUGCUCUCAAUGUGGAAAGGGUUUCGCACACAAAGGAAAUCUUAACACACACGCAAGAAUGCACACUGGAGAGAAACCAUACACAUGCCAUCAGUGUGGAAAGAGCUUUACUCGUUCAUCAGGUCUCAGUAAACAUCUGCUCUGUCACUCUGGAGUCAAGCCAUUUAUCUGUGAUCAGGUGGUAAACAUU